AUGCUCUUAGUGGACGUUGCAAUGCAUCUGUUCAGUGGCACUGCUCACGUCACGCGCCAGCAAGAGAGCUGUUGUGCCGCCGCUUUGGCCGGGAUCGGCGAUGAGGACUACGUGGAUGCCAGUUUUCACUUUCCCAUAGUAGAGACCAUUCCUACCACACUUGUUCAAGUUCCACUUCUGUCUGUGCCUCAACCAACGCUGUUUGGAGGUGUCGCAGAGAAUGAAAAUCUUUCAGAGCACUACGCUGAAUUCAACGAUCUCUUCAACGAAGCCACCAAUGUAAGUUUCAUUGUUUCCGCAUUAUUUCGGCCCUUUACUAACAGAUUUAAAAUUUGCUGUAGUAAAAAACGGAAGUAA